AUGGAGGAACAGGUCCGCCUAUACGGCUAUCAGUCGCGGGGCCACGUCGGCGGGGCCUUCAUGAUCCAGGUUGGGGCGACGGUUCCGCUGUACCACCUGAAAUAUUACUCGUCGGCGACCGGGAACGAUAAUUUCUACACGACGAACGCGACAGAGCGGGACGAGUUUACCACGCAAAAAGGCUACACGGACCAAGGCGUAGCGGCAUAUGUCUACGAGACACAGAUCUGCGGCAGCGUCCCCCUCUUGCGCUCCUACAAUCCCGUGGUCGUGGACCACUUCUAUACCAACAAUCGAACCGAAGACCGCAUCGUGUCGACAACGCGGAGCUAUGUACAGGAGGGGAUUCAAUGCUACGUUGUGCCCGACCUGAGGGUUGGCGAAGACUGGGAAGCAGGGGCACGUCCUGGCGUCCAGAAGGCAGUUGAAGUACAGUCUGGCAUUGCAUAG